AUGGCAUCUUGUACCCGCUUCAGACUCGUCUCCAACGUGCCCACAUCGUCGCUGUCUCAAUGCAAAGAUGCUAUCUUCGCUGCUGGGGCAGGUCGCUACCCCGGCCCGGGUAACUAUACAGAGUGUUGCUGGACCAUUAUUGGGACUGGGCAGUUUCGUCCGGGCGAUGCAGCGAAACCACAUCUCGGAGAAGUCGGAAAGCUUGAAGAGGUAGAGGAGGCAAGGGUCGAAACUAUUUGCGUGGGUGAAGACGUUGCAAGAAAUGCUGUCAAAGCUCUGAAGAGCGCUCAUCCCUAUGAAGAGCCCUCUUAUUCCGUGUAUCGACUAGAGGAUUUCUAG